AUGCUGAACUGCGUCCUGGUGGCGAGUGUGUUCGUCCUGACUGCCUUAUGCUCCAAGAGCCCGUCGGAGAGCCGUAAGAUUGCCAAAGACAUCUGCAAGAAUCGAUGUGCGUGCGAGGAGAGGGAAAAUGUGCUGAAUAUUAAUUGCGAGAAGAAAGGCUUCACCAAGGUUAGCUGGCUGCAGCCGCCGCACAACCGGAUCUACCAGCUUUUCCUGAACGGGAACUCCCUGAGCAAGCUCCCUCCCAACGGCUUCAUCAAUUUUACCAACACCAUCACCCUGCACUUGGGCAGCAAUGGGCUGCAGGACAUCCGGAACGGCGCUUUCCACGGGCUGGCCACUCUGAAGAGUCUGCACUUGAACAACAACAGACUGGAAGUGCUGAGGGAGGACACCUUCCUCGGGCUGGAGAGUUUGGAGUACCUGCAGGCAGAUUAUAACUACAUCACCAGCAUUGAGGCCGGCACCUUCAGCAAGCUCAAUAAGUUGAAAGUCUUGAUCUUGAACGAUAACUUGCUGCCCGUCCUCCCCAAUAAUGUCUUCCGCUUCGUGCUACUCACCCAUCUGGACCUGAGGGGGAACCGGUUCAAAAAGUUGCCCUUUACGGGGGUUCUGGAACACAUUGGUGGCAUCAUGGAAAUCCAGCUGGAAGAGAACCCUUGGAAUUGUACCUGCGACUUAGUCCCCCUGAAAGGUUGGCUUGAUACAAUCUCCUACCUUGUCAACGAUAUGGUGUGCGAGACCCCGUUCCGCUUACAUGGGAAGGAUGUCAUCCAGUUGAACAAGCAAGACAUCUGCCCCCGGAAAACCGCCGGCGACUCCGGCCUGAGGAUUGAGCGGCCGCCCAAGGUCGCCCCCCACUUGCCGUCCACUGUGAGCUCGUCGCUGACUCCGGCCAACCCGACCCCGAGAGGGGCAAAGCCUGGCCGCCACUCCAAGAGCCGCACCCGGCCCACGCCUGCCCCCAACCCCCGGCAGAUAUUCGGCCCUAUCAUGGUCUACCAGACCAGAUCCCCAAUUCAGACCAUCUGCCCCAACAUCUGCUCCUGCAGUGUCCAAAACUCAGACAAUACCCUCAAUGUGCACUGCCAGGAGAGAAGAAUCAGAAACAUUACAGACCUCCACCCCAAACCCUCCAGCCCAAAGAAACUCUAUCUCACGGGUAACCUGCUUCAUAUUGUUCAGCUCAAUGACCUGAGGGACUACAGGGGCUUGGAACUGCUGCACUUGGGGAACAAUCGGAUAUCUGUCAUUCAGGAAGGCGCUUUCCGCAACCUCAGUCACUUGCGCCGGCUCUACCUCAAUGGCAAUCACAUUGAGAGGUUGUCGCCGGCUCUGUUUGGGGGUUUACAGAGACUCCAGUAUCUCUACCUGGAGUCCAACGUCAUCAAAGAAAUUCUGCAGUACACCUUUCAUUCUUUGGCGAGGCUCAGUCUCCUGUACCUCAACAACAACCUCCUCAGAUCCCUGCCCAGCAACGUCUUUGUAGGCACCAAUCUGACCCGGCUCAACCUGAGAAACAACCACUUCUCUCAGCUGCCGGUGCGGGGUGUCUUGGACCAGCUCCCCGCCGCGGUGCAGAUCGACCUUCAGGAGAAUCCCUGGGACUGCGCCUGUUCCAUCGUGGCUCUCAAGAGCUGGAUCGAACAGUCCAGGGCUGGCGUGGUCAUCAGCGAGGUCUCCUGCGAGUCCCCGGCCAAGUACGCGGGCCGGGCUCUGAGCUCCCUCCGAAACCAGGAGAUCUGCUCCGAAUACACCGACCUGGCCGCCGCCAGCCCCCCGGCUAUCACGCACAGCUCCAGCCUGCUGGACGGGGACCCCGGCACCCUCGGCCCCGAGGUCCCCCGGGCCAGCGCGGUCCCACUCUCGGUCCUCAUCCUGGGUUUGCUGGUGGUCUUCAUAUUGAGCGUCUGCUUCGGGGCGGGUCUGUUCGUCUUCGUCCUGAAGAGGCGCAAAACCGGACAAAGUGGCCGCAGCAGCAGCAGCGGCGGCGGCGGCGGCGGCAACAACAACAGCAACAGCAACAGCGGCGGCGGCGGCGGCGUCGUCCCCAACAACCUGGACCUGAACUCUUACCAGCUCCAGUAUGGUCCGCACGGCAGCGAGCCGGGGGAGAAGGCAGAGGCGCACGUCUACAACUACAUCACCCACCCGGUGGGGCAAAUGUGCAAGAACCCCAUCUACGUCCAGCGGGAGGGCGAGCGAGUGGCCUUUUACCGGGACUUGCAGGACCUGAGCUGCGGCGGCCUGGGGCUGAAGAAGGCCGGUCAGCUGGCCGCUCGCGCCUACUCCAUCAGCACGGUGGAGCUGCUGCAACAGCAGCCCCCUUUGCUGGCCAGGCACCCGGAGCUGCUGUACCAGAACCUGGCCGAGCGGGCCAAGGUGCUGCCCGGCGGGGCUGACGCCCACUACAGUUUCUGCACUUUGCCCAAGCGCCCCUUCGCCCCGUCCCACGAGGCCAGGCACAAGGACCAGGACAGGCUAAACAAAACCGUCUUGUACGGGACACCGAGGAAGCAGUCCAGGGAGCCGCCGAGAAGUGACAACCCUUCACUGCAAGGGCAAGAACCAGACUACCUCGAAGUGUUGGAGAAACAGACUGUUAUCAGCCAGCUGUAG